CGCUGAGAAUCCUCGGUGGGCGGGGCGUAGAUCGGCUCUUUUCCGGCGGUUCGUCCUCUUCCGGUCCUCUUUCCAUCUUCCCGUUCAACAUGACUAAGAAGAGAAGGAAUAACGGACGUGCCAAGAAGGGCCGUGGGCACGUGCAGCCCAUCCGCUGCACCAACUGCGCCCGCUGUGUUCCAAAGGACAAAGCCAUCAAGAAGUUUGUCAUCAGGAACAUCGUGGAGGCGGCGGCCGUGAGGGACAUCUCAGAGGCCAGCGUCUUUGACUCGUACGUCCUUCCUAAGCUCUACGUGAAGCUGCACUACUGUGUGAGCUGUGCCAUCCACAGUAAGGUGGUGAGGAACCGCUCUCGCGAGGCCAGAAAAGACCGCACCCCGCCACCCAGAUUCAGGCCGGCUGCCGGCGCUCCAAGAGCUCCUCCGAAGCCCAUGUGAAGCAGAGUUCUGAGAUGAUGUCCAGCUGAUAAAGAAAUAAAAAGAUCUUGAGACAAACGUGA